AGAGAGAGAGAGAGAGAGAGAGAGAAAGAGACCGAUAAAGUUUCUGGCUACCCUACAAGAGACAUAUCAUUACCAUAUGAUCUAAUGUGGGUGUCAGCUGGAUUGUGUUCAUUGAGGGAAACCUUAUUUUUUAACUGUGCUAUGGAGUAGAAGCAGGAGAAUUUCAACCUAGUGACAGCCACAGAGGAGCAUCUACCCCCUCCUCCUCCUCCUCUUCCUCCUCCUCCUCCUCCUUUCCACACCUGCAAACUGUGGCUGGGCUGAAUAUUUAGUGUAAUUACAUCUCUUCUUUGAGAGUUCCUGUGGCAAAUACCCGGAUUGAAAAGGUUCUCAGGUUGUGAAAAUCUAUGAGAUAAAACAUGAAGGCAACUCUCAUCUUCCUCCUGCUUGCACAAGUUUCCUGGGCUGGACCAUUUCAACAGAAAGGCUUAUUUGACUUUAUGCUAGAAGAUGAGGCAUCUGGACUAGAGCCAGAAGUUCCUGAGCGAGUUCCUGAGCGAGUUCCUGAGCUACCAGACCAGGAGCUCCUAGGACCCGUAUGCCCCUUCCGUUGUCAAUGCCACCUUCGAGUGGUACAGUGUUCUGAUUUGGGUUUGGAUACAGUGCCCAGAGACCUCCCCCCAGACACAACCCUACUGGAUCUGCAAAACAACAAAAUAACUGAAAUCAAAGAUGGGGACUUUAAGAACCUCAAGAAUCUUCAUGCAUUGAUCCUUGUCAACAACAAAAUUAGCAAAAUCAGUCCUGGAGCAUUUACUCCACUGGUGAAACUGGAACGACUUUAUCUGUCCAAGAAUCAUCUGAAGGAAUUGCCAGAAAAAAUGCCCAAAACUCUUCAGGAGCUUCGCGCCCAUGAGAAUGAGAUCACCAAAGUGCGAAAAUCUGUGUUCAAUGGAUUGAACCAGAUGAUUGUCAUAGAACUGGGCACCAACCCACUAAAGAGCUCAGGAAUUGAAAACGGAGCGUUCCAGGGAAUGAAGAAGCUGUCUUAUAUCCGUAUUGCUGACACCAACAUUACCACCAUUCCUCAAGGUCUUCCUCCUUCCCUUACUGAAUUACAUCUAGAUGGCAACAAAAUCAGCAAAGUUGAUGCAUCUAGUUUGAAAGGACUGAAUAAUCUGGCUAAGUUGGGGCUGAGUUUUAACAGCAUCUCUACCGUGGACAAUGGUUCUCUGGCUAACACUCCUCACCUGAGGGAGCUUCACCUGGACAACAACAAGCUCAUCAGAGUCCCCGGUGGCCUGGCAGAGCAUAAAUACAUUCAGGUUGUGUAUCUGCAUAACAACAACAUCUCUUCAGUGGGGUCAAAUGAUUUCUGCCCUCCUGGAUACAACACCAAGAAGGCUUCUUACUCGGGAGUGAGUCUUUUCAGCAACCCUGUCCAGUACUGGGAGAUCCAGCCAUCUACUUUCCGAUGUGUUUAUGUGCGCUCUGCCAUUCAGCUCGGAAACUACAAGUAAUAGCCAAGAAAGCCCUCAUUUGUAUAACCUGGCAAAAUCCUGUUCAUGUCAUUGCUAAAAUAUAUAAUUAAUAAAAUUUACAAAAA